GUUCGGGUGGGGUUGUCAACCGGUUCAGCCAGUCACUCGCUGCAAUUCCCCGGAAGUAUAUAAAAUGCACCGUCCGAAUCUGUGGCGACGGGGGAUUCCGGAGAAAGCGAGACGAGUGCUUCGUUUUGUCCAGCUCGAUUCUAGCUUCUUUAUGACCUCUGUAACGAUUUUGGACUCGAGCUCAUAGAUUCAUUCUCUACCUCUGGUGGUACCGUAUCGGCGAUAAAGGAAUAGAGGAUCUGUCCGCGUUUCUGGUCAGAAGAGUUAUUCUGUGGCUUGUGUUGGAUUAAGGUGGCCUUACUAGUGUUUCUUUAGGGGGGUUCAUUAGCUAAUUAUGAGAGAGGGCUUUUAGGGCUGGCUCUGGAAAGUUACUUGGAUUCCAGCCACCAGUCUGGGGUGCCCCCUGUGGCACCUUCCAGGGUGGCUGGAGGCCCAGCGCAGUCAUCCUCGAGCUCUGGCAUAUUCUUCCAAGGUGAUGGGCAAUCUCAAGUCCCAUUGAACUCACGCUUGAAUCCGACUUUGGGGAACUCGGCAAAUUCAAUUUCAGGAGGGUUUUCGAAUUUGGGUCCUGUCUCUGGGGACAUGAAUCGGACUGUCUUAAACAGUGCAGCAAACUCCGGUCCAAGUGUUGGGGCCAGUUCAUUGGUCACAGACGCCAACUCUGCACUUUCGGGCGGUCCUCAUUUGCAGAGAAGUGCAAGCAUAAACACAGAGUCUUACUUGCGCCUACCUGCAUCACCAAUGUCAUUCUCCUCUAACAACAUAAGCAUUUCAGGCUCUUCUGUUAUUGAUGGGUCCUCUAUGGUUCAACAGAGCUCUCAUCAAGAGCAGGUUUCACAACAAGUACAGCAGAGGCAGCAGCAGAAAAGGGCUUCCUCUGCUACAUCCCAACCUGCAGCUCAAACGAGUCCAGUUUCUGUUCCUAGUGGCCCCUUAAUCCAGGAGCCAAAUAAUUUAUCCCAGAUGCAUAAGAAACCCAGGCUUGAUAUUAGGCAAGAAAAUAUCAUGCAGCAGCAGGUUUUUCAACAGUUACUGCAGAGACCAGAUUCGAUGCAGUUACAGGGUCACAAUCCACAAUUACAAGCUAUGAUUCAGCAGCAGAGACUACGGCAGCAGCAGCAACAGCAGCAAAUUAUGCUGUCUCUGCCACAGAUGCAGCGAGCCCACUUGCAACAGCAGCAGCAACAGCAACAGCAACAGCUACAGCUAAGACACCAUCUUCAACAACAGGGCUUGCAGUCUGUAUCUGCCGUGAAACGGUCUUAUGAGAGUGGCAUAUGUGCUCGUAGGCUAAUGCAGUACAUAUAUCAUCAUCGUCAUCGCCCACCUGACAAUAGCAUAAUCUAUUGGAGGAAGUUUGUUGCAGAAUAUUUUGCUCCUCGCUCUAAGAAAAGGUGGUGUUUAUCGUUAUAUGAUAAUGUUGGACAUCAUGCGCUUGGUGUUUUCCCCCAGGCAGCUAUGGAUGCGUGGCAUUGCGACAUAUGUAAUUCUAAAUCUGGAAGGGGCUUUGAGGCAACUUUUGAAGUUCUCCCCCGGCUUAAUAAAAUCAAAUUCGAUAGUGGUGUUAUCGAUGAGCUUUUAUUUGUGGACGUGCCACGUGAAUGUAGGUUUCCUUCAGGACUAAUGAUGCUGGAGUAUGGGAAAGCAGUCCAAGAGAGUGUUUACGAGCAACUUCGUGUUAUUCGUGAGGGUCAACUUCGUAUAAUAUUCACUCCUGAUCUGAAAAUAUUGUCUUGGGAAUUCUGUGCACGGCGCCAUGAGGAACUUUUGCCUCGGAGACUGGUAACACCACAGGUGAACCAGUUAGCACAGGUCGCACAAAAAUAUCAAAAUAGCGUUGCUGAAAGUGGACCUGCUGGGCUUUCAACUCAGGAUUUGCAGACAAACUGCAAUAUGUUCCUGACAGCUGGGAGGCAGCUAGCAAGGAAUUUGGAGUUACAGUCACUGAAUGACUUGGGAUUUUCCAAAAGAUAUGUUCGGUGCUUGCAGAUAUCUGAAGUUGUAAAUAGUAUGAUAGACCUGAUAGAUUUCAGCCGGGAGCACAAUAUUGGACCUAUUGAGAGUUUGAAGAACUAUCCUCGACAGGCUGCUGCAGCCAAGCUGCAGAUGCAAAAGCUGCAGGAAAUGGAGCAGCUAGCAAGUUCUCAGGGUCUGCUUACCGACCGUAACUCGCUCAGUAAGCUAAUGGCAAUGCAUUCGAGUUCAUUGAACAAUCACAUGAACAGAAGCCAAAUGGUUGGCAGUGGAGUCUUAAAUGGUUCAGCACAGGCUGUUGUCGCCCAGAGCAAUUACCAGACCUUGCUUAGACAGAAUUCUAUGAAUUCAAACUCUACUACUACUACUCAGCCUUCUCCCAACUCUAUGAAUUCAAACUCUAUUGUGGUUAAACAGGAGGAAGCUUCGUGUUCCUUCAAUGGUUCUAACAAGCCUCCAUCUUCUCCGUUCCAAGGACCUGGGCCUUUGCCUUCAGUAUCCAUGCAGAAUGUACCAAUUAAUGGCUUGGCAAAUCCCCAUCAGCAGCAACAUCAGCAGCAGUCACUGAAUGCUAAUAAUAACCUAAUUAUCCAACAGGGCCAUCCUCAAUCCUACCAAGGUAACCAGAGCUUACCACAGCACGUGAUCCAACAGGUGUUGCAGGACAUGAUUAAUAAUGGAGCUGGGGUGCAACAGCAACAGCCACAGCAGCAGGCGCAGGCCCAUGGGGGGCAGAGUGCGAAUGGGCGUGUGGGGGAGGAUGUCUUCCGUACUGUCAAUGGAGCUAUGGGUGGUGGAUUGCAAUUGCGGGCUGGAGGCACAGGUAUGGUCAGUACUGGGUUAGGGUUUGGGAACAAUUCUGUCGUACCCGCAUCUACUGGUGUUAUGAGGAUGGCUCCAAACAGGAGUAACAGUUUCAAGUCUGCCUCCAACAGCAACUGCUCUGGGUUAAGUGAAAACAAUGGCUAUAAUCAGAGCGCACCUGAUUUGCCACAGAAUCUCCGUCUUCCAGAUAUGGUCCAGGAUAUAUCUCAUGAAUUCAUGGAAAAUGUUGUUUUCAAAAGUGAGCCCAGGGACAUGGACUAUGGUUGGAUGGCUGACUGACCAAGUAAAUAUUGAUUGGCUCUAGUGACUAUUGUUGGGGAAAUAUCCUAGCAAGUUGUUUGUACAGGAGCUUUAAAGUGUUUUUUUUUUCCCGCUUUAUUAAUCACUCAUUGCUGACUUAUAGCCGUCAAGUUUGCUAGAGUUGGAAGUUUUGUGGGUUUUCCAUUUUUAGGAGGUGUUAAUCCUUUUUUAACUUCUGAAAGAGCUUCAAUGAUGUAUCAAUACAACAUAGAGGUUUUCCAUUGUAUGUAAUCUCAUUGGGUUAAACCCUGCAA